CUCGACUCUCCCUACCACUUACUCGCGUUUGGCACCGCUCGCUGCAUCUGAGCCCCUCGAUCUUCCCGAAUAUCAAUCUAUCUCUGCAUAAGACGCGCUGAAUGCUGCAUCACGCGACACCACUGCGUGGCCUCUUGUUGGUAGACCCUAAAAGCACACAAGAUACGGCUACACAAGACCAACACGACCAGCUUGCUGACGAUGACGAAGAAUAUGAAACGGAAUCGCAGUCGAAAGGCUUCUAUAUCAAAAACCAGUUCGAAGAGCCGGAGACUAAGAUCUUGACUGUUCGCG